CCACUAUUUUAACUUCGUGCGUGCUUUCCACGCCUGGCUGGUGCGCUUAUGUGGGGGUAGAAAUUAAAAUUGAAUGAUAGAAUGAAACAGGGGUAUGUUCGCAUUUUUAAACAAAGUCGCGUCAGUGGCACAACAUAACAUCUGUGAUUAUAUGUCCCUAUUUUUCGCAAAUUAGGAUAAAUAAAUAUUUCUUGAACUAUACCAAGGGAUAAUAAAUUUCGUGAACUAGUAAGUGUGAUCUGUGAAAGGUCUAAAAUACACAGGAAUUAUUGUGACAAAAUAUAUUAAACAAAAGUGUUUUCCCGAAAUUUGUGCUUAUAAAUCAACACGUUUGUAGGAAUUAUUAAAUCUAUCAAAUGAUGAGAGAAUUUAGACAGUUUACUCUAACGGCAUUAUGUUGCAUAAUGGUAACGUCUUUGAAACUGAGUAGUGCGGCAACAAAUGCCCCGAACACGAAUCCCCCGGUGACAACAACACCUCCCCCUGACACGACAACGACAGGUACCACGACAACAACGGCCGCCACAACAACAACAACAGAUCCACCAACCACCACACAGGAGGACACGACUACACAAGCACCAACAACUGCCACACCAAAAUCUUACUGUGGAGAUGCUGCAAAUGGUCUGUUUCUCCCGUUUGGCUCAUCAGCAGGUGAUACCCGUUUGGACAACAUGGAUGACGGAUGCCAUGAACCUCCUUCUAAGACGAAUGGUUAUAAUGUGGCAUUUACCAAUACAUGUUUCAAAAAGUUUCACAUAUGUGUCAACGGCUUGGUUUGCUUAAAGGAUCCUUACACAGGUUACACUGUACCGAACCACAAUGUCCAGAAUGAAGACUUCCAAAACAAAUAUUGUAUGGCGCCGUUUUUAAUGGACCUUGAUGCAACGAACACCGGUGACGUAUGGUUCCACGAGUAUGACGUCACUGAAGAUUACAGUCUUAAAAGCAACGCUGCGGUACUUAAGGCGCAACAAUUAGUGGCAAAACAAACAGACAAUCCAACCUCAGACUUCACUCCCGCCUACGUUCUUGUUGCGACUUGGGAUUCAGUUCCGAGGUUUAAUGGUUCUGAAUCAGAAACUGUGACUUUUCAACUGUUAUAUACAUCGGAUGGAGCGUCCGCCUACUCAUUCUAUGUUUACAAACGAGGAAGUAUGGGAAUUGGUAGCGGGGAUGUCUUCAUUGGACAGAUUGUUAAUGGUUUGCCACAAGGUGUCUGGACCACUUCCGUUAACUUUGACAAGUACAGGGACGUCGAUGAGACGUUACGUUGGGCAGGUGGUGCUUGCUAUGGAGCCACAGUUUACUCCCAUAGUUCAGCAGAAUGUCAGAACACUGCUGACUUUAAAUGCAAGAUCUGGAACAGUCGAGAAAAGCAGAGUUUGACAACAAUUCAAACACAACUUAACUCCCUUCCACGUUGCCCCUGCUCAAUUUUUCAAACUGGUGCUCUCUUUGACUCGGUCAACCUAAAGAGUGUCACCUCAGAAAUUUUCUAUACUCAGACGUCAAAUGCUGAUAUAAGCUACGCCAAGUCAUGCGGGUAUCGUAAGUUGUCAUCUAAUAGCGCAACCUUUAUCGGAACCGGAAAAUAUAGAGGAUCGUUUGCCAGGUAUAAUAGUAAAACAAACACAGCGAAGCACCAACAAGAAGAUAUUGCCACUAAGGAUAUAUGCUGUCAACAAGCCGAUUUAUGUGAUCUUUACUUCGAGGUCAGACCACCGUCGCAAAAUUGCCUAGCUGUUCCAAACUUUGCCACAAGUAAUACCGCUGGCGACCCACAUUUCACAACCAUAGACGGACUAGCUUAUACAUUCAAUGGCCACGGAGAAUACCAUCUCCUUAAUAUUGACAAUAUUGGAUUUAAAAUCCAAGCUAGAACCGGACGCGCCAUUGACGUCAACGGAACGUCCGUUGACGCUACAGUAUUUACAGGAUUUGCUGUGAAAGGAAAUGGUUUUUGGAUGCAGGCUGUAUUAAAUUCGGACCGCACACAGCUUGAAGUUUUAUCUGGAACCGCACCGCUUAAAUCCAGUCACGUGGACCAUUCGCUGACGUUCUCCAACAACGGCGACGCUUUUAAGGUUACCGACGAACAUUUGUCAAUGAGACGUUCAGGAGAGACGCUGAUUGUUUCGUUCCCGAGUGCAGGAGUUUUGAUGAAUAUCACAAAGAGUGCAGGACUUCUAAGCUCAAUUUUUUCAAUCGAUGCCCGACACAAGACUCACACCUCUGGCCUGCUCGGUAACUUUAAUGGUGACGCAAGUGAUGAUCUUAUACCAAGGAAUUCUCAAACCCCUAUUCCUUCUUCAAGCAACGAGGAGGCGAUAUUUCUUAAUUUUGGAAAAACAUGGAUUACAACAGAAAGUGAAUCUCAGUUUGCCUACCGCCUUGGCAAGACCCACGCUUCUUACAAUUUCCCAGAUUUCACACCGUUGUUUGAAUCUUCAUUCGCUGCAGAAGAUCUGGCGAAGGCAAAAAGCACAUGCGGAGAACAAAAUAAGCAAUGUAUCUAUGAUUUACUCCUUUCGGCAGACGAAUCAUUCGCACUUGGUACCUUGACAGCAUUCGAUGACUUUCAUGACGUCACAGCAAUUGCAGAAAAUGAAAUCCCGACAAUCAGCGUAGUUUCCGGGGCGACGGAAAGAAACGAAGUGUUCUAUUUGCAGACGACACUCAAUACCGCCAAUACUGUGCGAAUUAAAGCAGCAGACGACGGAUCGGCAGUCACAAGUGUAGAAUCAGAUAUAAGUGGUUUACAGAGAACGAAUAACACAGACGGAUCUGUUUCCGUCGUGUUUACACUAGCAGACUCAAAUCCCUUAUCGCUUAGUUUUAGUGCAACAGAUAAUCUGGGAGCAACUUCCCCGGAAUUGGUUAUAACCAUUGUAAUAUGCCAAGUCUGUACCAACCAUGGGUCAUGUGAUUACACUUCGUUUCAAGAAACACAUCCAGCGCUUGACAAUUUCAAACUUGCCCAAUGUCAGUGUGAACCUUACUGGGAAGGUGAUAACUGUGAGACAGACGUAAACGGAUGCGCCACAUCACCAUGUUCCCAGGGACAAAAUUGUACCGACACUAAUGCGGAUGACAACAAGGCCAAUCCCUCAUUACCGGCAUACACGUGCUCGGCCUGUCCUAAAGGUUACGAGGAUAACGGAGUAAAGUGUGUUGACAUUGACGAAUGCACACCUACCAAUCCUUGUACUUCCGGAACUUGUGUAAAUACUGCCGGAAGUUUUACAUGUGCUUGUAAUUCCGGAUACAGAUUGGACGCUGAUUUGGUCACGUGCAAAGACAUAAAUGAGUGUGACGAAGAAACGGAUGGGUGUGAUCAAAUAUGUGAAAACACCGCCGGCGGCUUCACGUGCUCGUGUCAAACAGGUUAUAAACGUAACGAUGCAAAUACGGCGUGUGAAGUCGACGCUGGCAACACGGCUGUACGGGACGCCUGUACAUCCGCCGGAUGUGAUAACGCAGACGGUUGCACUGUAGAUGAGAACAACAACGGCGUCUGUUUCUGCAAUGCUGGAUACUCCUUAAACCAAACUGACAACACCUGCGCAGAUGUGAAUGAGUGCGACCUGGGUGUAUGUUCUCAGGAAUGUUCGAAUACUGCUGGAAGUUACACUUGUAAAUGUUUAGUUGGAUACAAACUUGCUACAGACGGAGUUACAUGCAAUGAUUGCACAUUCCCAUCAUAUGGUUUAAAUUGUGCCAACACAAUUACAAGCUGUCCAGCCCAACAAGGUACCUAUGACUCCGGGCGCGGAUGUGUAUGCAAUGCAGGCUGGGAAGGGUCGGACUGUGAAACGGACGUGAACGAGUGUUCGGAAGCAAACAUCUGCGGAGAUAUAAACAAAGUGUGUACAAAUACUAGAGGGGCGUAUACCUGUUUAUGCAGAAAUGGGUUCCGACAACAAGACGACGGAACCUGUACAGAUAUUGACGAGUGUGCUGACGUCACGUUAAACACGUGUGAACAAGCCUGCACUAAUACGGUCGGUGCUUACACGUGCGGCUGCAACGUAGGUUUUAAUGUUGAUCCAAGUGAUGCAACCAAGUGCAAAGACAUAGACGAGUGCGCGGGUUCUACUUCCGGUUGUCAGCAGAUAUGUGUGAACAUCAACGGUGGAUUUAAUUGUGAUUGUAAUCCAGGAUACGAGCUUGAUGCGGACAGACGAACUUGUAAAAAAUUGGAAGAUGUAUGUCAAGGUUUUACCUCGAAAAAUUGUUCCGACAUUUGCAAUGUGGUCAAUAAUGCUCCGGUGUGUUCCUGUGGAAACGGGUUUUAUCUCGCCACCGAUGACCAGACUUGUAUAGAUGUCAACGAGUGCGAUAAUGCAACCUUAAAUUUAUGCUCGGUGAAAUCAUCGUGCGUGAACAUAGACGGCGGAUAUACCUGCUCCUGUGCAGCGGGAUUUAGACUCGAAAAUGACCGUAGAACGUGCACAGCAUGUGACGAGUUUACAUACGGCGUGAAUUGCGCAAAUAAAUGUGACUGCGGAGUCGGAGCCUCAUCAUGUGACUCUGUGACUGGGUGUGUUUGUAAGGACGGCUGGACAGGUCAGAAGUGUGACACCGACAAGGACGAAUGCCAGGCAAACCCUUGUACCGGAGUCAACAAAGCUUGCGUCAACACGCCGGGAUCCUAUGAGUGCAGAUGUAAACCCGGAUAUGAGGAUGUGAACGGAGUUUGCACGAAUAUUAAUGAAUGUAACGACGCUAAUCUGAACGUAUGCAGUCAGAUUUGUACAGACACUGACGGAAGUUUCGAAUGUAGUUGUAAUCCAGGAUUUCUUCAAGAUGGAAACAGCUGCAAUGACAUCAAUGAAUGUGAUGGGGCACAUGGUUGUGAACAGAUCUGUACAAACUUGGUGGGUGGCUAUAGAUGUUCAUGUCCAGAAAACUACAAGCUAAAUGAUGACAAGAGAACGUGCAGUCCUCUUAACGAGUGUACCGACUCCAACUACUGCAGCGGUGGUGCCAUCUGCGCGCGCAUUAACAAUGUCGACACGUGCACGUGUAAAACAGGUUACGGGUUUGAUACCGGAUCGACUACAGCCUGUGUUGAUAUAAAAGAGUGUUCUGAGACCAGCUUGAAUAAAUGUAAUCAAGAGUGUACAGAAUUGCCCGGAAGUUACGUUUGUUCUUGCAACAAAGACGGAUUUGUUUUAGACGCAGACGACCAAACCUGUAUCGAAUGUCAGGAGGGUAAAUUUGGCAUCAACUGUACACAGACUUGUGAGUGUGAAACAGCAAAUGGUAAUACAAAGUCAUGUGACCAUGUGAGUGGCUCAUGCACGUGUAACGCAGGUUGGGAAGGUACAAAAUGUGAAAUAGAUAUCAACGAAUGUCAAACAUUGACUAAACCGUGUCCAUCAAACUCAGCGUGUGCUAAUGAAGAGGGAUCGUACAAUUGUAUAUGCAGCACGGGUUACAUAAAAGCUGGUGAUGGCACGUGCACAGAAUGCGACUCCACGCACUUCGGUGUUAACUGCGUGCAGACGUGUUCAUGCGUUGCCGCUAACACGGAUGUCUGUGACAAAAUCAGUGGCGAGUGCACAUGCGCGGGCGGAUGGACCGGAACUACUUGUAACGAGAACAUCGAUGAAUGCCAAACAACAAAUAUUUGUAAUGACACACUUAAGACUUGCGCAGAUACUGACGGCUCCUACACGUGUUCAUGUAUAGAAGGUUACACUGCAAAUAGUGAUAACGUUUGCAUAGAUAAAGACGAAUGUUUGUUGGGAACUCACGCCUGCACAGAGACAGGACAAAAAUGUGUGAAUGCUGUACCAAAAUUCACGUGCGCUUGUUCCCCCGGGUACUCGGGAACCAGCGGUUCAACUUGUACACCUUGUGGUCCCAACACUUGGGGAGAACAGUGCGGAAAUACAUGUGCCUGCAAUAACACCAACACAGAACGCUGUGAUCCUUCAGUAGGCUGUGUAUGCAAACCAGGCUGGACCGGUGCUGACUGUAGUACUGACGUUGAUGAAUGUACGUUAGGAAUUGAUGAUUGCGUCACCAACGCUGUCUGCACAAAUGUGCCAGGAAAUUUCUCUUGCGCAUGCGCAACAGGAUACCAGAGCGUAAACAAUUCGUGCGCAUCUUGUAGUAAUAACGGAUACGGGGAUUCUUGCACAACAGCAUGUGAUUGCGUUGCUGCGAACGCAAUUGCAGAUCAGACAUGUAAUCACAUUACCGGAAGAUGCGAAUGUAAGGCCACGUGGACCGGAAAUAGAUGUCAGACGGAUGUGGACGAAUGCGCCGCAGAUUCGAAUUUAUGCAAAAAUAAACCAAACCAAGGUUGUCAUAAUUUGGAUGGAAGUUACGAAUGUUCCUGCUUCCUGGGUUUUACAAGGGAUCAAAAUGGAACAUGUGUUGAUAGUACCGCAACAACGACCAGCUUGCCCGUACCAGCGGAUGCAGUCGGAGUUGAUAUGUUUUUGAGUCUUAACCUAAGUGUGGACUCAGUCUCACUAAGUGACAACUUAACUGUUAUAACUACGAACAAUGAAUACAAAGCUGAGGCGGAACGUGCUAUUAAAGCCUAUUUAGAGAGUAAAAUGGCCGCCGCUAACCUUCAGGCAGUAAAAGUGUAUUCUGUCGCCGAGGGAAGUCUGGAUGCAAAGUUAAUAGUUUUGAUAGCAAACACGGAUGCAGCUAAAAAGGAUUUUGCAAACGCUGUUUACAGUUUACGUGACACACCAAUCACUGUGUUCGGGCAGACGACAUUAGCUCAGACAUUGCGUAUCGGCAAUUCAGCUGCAAUAAACCCACAAACAGCCACAGAAGGAACAAUUAAGUGUCUGGCACUGUCCGAGUCUAACGGUAAAUGUAGCAGCGAUGAGGAUUGUGUUAUAGAAAACGGACAACCAAUUUGCAGGUUGCGGACCACAGAUAAUUUCGCCUUGGUGAUAGGACUGGGUGUUGGAAUACCAUUGUUUUUCAUCGCCCUCCUCAUUUUGGCUGUUUGUAUUGUAUACGUCACUAAACGAAAACGAAGUCAACGAUAUGGAUACAGGUCUAGUGAAUUUGAUAGACAAACAUUUGACCAUCAUGGUGCUUUCUUCCCAAGCGUCAUGCCGACAAAGAUAAACACAAUUGGACGGAAUGACCCCGUUUAUGUACCGUACACCUGGGACGACCAGUCCACGUUGUCAGCGUCUUCGUCAGACGACAAUACUAAGAAACGCCGCAGACGACGACGAGGUGAAACAUAUCCGGUUAUUGAUGAUGAAGCUUAUUAUAGUAACGCCCCAAAUAAUUUUUCCUGGGAUUUCAUGUACAACUAUAUAGCACCACACGAAAAGAUUACAUAUGAUUUUGUUGUUGGAAAUCGCUACAAUAUCAGAAACCAGAUAACAAUGGCGUGUGAACGUUGUGUUUUAAAGCAAGUAUCGUUUUUCAUUUUGAUCAUCUUUAUUUUGACAUCAACAAUGAAUUGUACUGAAACAACAACCGUCACCGACAGAACUGUCAUAUCAACGACAUCCGUCGCUGAUUCAACCGUCGAAUCAACAACAUUUAUCGACCAAACAACUGUCGAUCAAACAACGGUCGCUAAUACAACCGUCGGAUCAACAUCAACCAUCGCACCAUCAAAUUCCGUAACUGACACAACUGCAGGUAUAACAACAACUUCCUAUGAUACCACUUUUAGUGCUGAUAUAUCAACAACAACCACCGGUGAUAUAACAACAACCACCGGUGAUAUAUCGACAACAACCACCGGUGAUAUAUCGACAACAACCACCGGUGAUAUAUCGACAACAACCAGCGGUGAUAUAUCGACAACAACCACCGGUGACAUAUCACCAACAACGACUGUUACUGACACAACUGACGGACCAACAACGACUGUCACUGACACAACUGACGGACCAACAACGACUGUUACUGACACAACUGACGGACCAACAACGACUGUUACUGACACAACUGACGGACCAACAACGACUGUUACUGACACAACUGACAGACCAACAACGACUGUCACUGACACAACUGUCCAACCAACAACGACUGUUACUGACACAACUGCCGGACCAACAACGACUGUCACUGACGCAACUAUCAUACCAACAACGACUCCAACAGCAUCUAUCGCUGAUACAACUCUCGACCCAACAACAACCGUCAAUAACACAACCGAAGGACCAAAAACAACCGUUACUGACACAACUAUUGGUCGAUCAACAACAACCGUCGCUGAUACAACUGUCGGGCCAACAACAACCGUCGCUGAUACAACUGUCGGGCCAACAACAACCGUCGCUGAUACAACUUUCGGACAAACAACGACCGUCGCUAACACGUCUUGUAGUAACAACAGAUACGGGGAUUCUUGUAAAACAGCAUGUGAUUGCGUUGUUACGAACGCACUUAAUGCAAAUCAGACAUGUAAUUACAUUACCGGAACAUGUGAAUGUAAGGCCACGUGGACCGGAAAUAGAUGUCAGACGGAUGUGGAUGAAUGCGCCGCAGAUUCGAAUUUAUGCAAAAAUAAACCAAACCAAGGUUGUCAUAAUUUAGAUGGAAGCUACGAAUGUUCCUGCUUCAUGGGCUUCAAAAAGGAUGAAAAGGGAAUUUGUGUUGAAAGUAUGUUGACUCCAACCAGUCUGCCAGUACCAGACGAUGCUAUAGGGAUUGACAUGUUUAUAAGUCUCAAUCUAAAUGUAGCCUCAGUUUCAAAAAGUGACAAUUUAGAUAUACAGAGCACCAACGAUGUAUACAAGGCAGAGGCUGAACGGGCGAUAAAAGCGUAUUUCGAGAGUAAAAUGGACAUUUCUAAUCUUCAAGCAGUGAAAGUAUAUUCUGUUACCGAGGGUAGUCUGAAGAUCAAGUUCGUUGUUCUGGUGUCUAAAACUGACGAGGCUAGGAACGAUUUUUCAAACGCUGUGAGUGGAUUCAGUAAUACCUCUAUCACUGUCUUCGGUCAGAGCACUGUUGUCAACACGUUACAAAUAGGAAAUUCAGACGCAAUAAACCCACAGACGGACACACAAACAACGAUAAAGUGUCUGUUACUGUCCGAGUCAGAGAGUAAGUGCAGUAGCGAUCAGUAUUGUGCUGUAGAAAACGGGGAAGCUAUCUGCAAGUACAAGACAAGAAUCACAGAUAAUUUGGCCGUGGUGAUCGGAUUAGGGGUUGGAAUACCAUUGUUUUUUAUUGCCGUUCUCAUCCUGGUUGUAUGUAUGGUAUACAUUAAACGAAAACAAAAUCAACGAUAUGUACACAAAUCCAGCGGAUUUAACAGACAAACAUUUGACCAUCAUGGUGCUUUCUUCCCAAGCGUCAUGCCGACAAAGAUCAACACAAUUGGACGGAAUGACCCCGUUUAUGUACCGUACACCUGGGAUGACCAGUCAACAUUGUCAGCGUCUUCGUCAGACGACAAUACUAAGAAUCGCCGCAGACGACAACGAGGUGAAACAUAUCCGGUUAUAGACGAUGAAGGUUAUUAUAAUAAUGCCAUGAAUAAUUAUUCCUGGUAUUACAUGUACAAUUAUUUAGGACAAGACCAAAUGAAAAAGGAUUUUAUCUAAAUGCGAAACCAACAGCAACAGGAAGAAACAUCAGAAAUGUUUGUAAAUAUGCAAUAUAACAUGUAAACCAGUUGAGGAUUACCACUACUACGGAUAUCAUUCUUUUUGCAUUUAGAAAUAGAAUUGUAAACAUAUUAUUGUCACUUCGGUCAGCAGAGAUCAAUCAGUGUAAGAAAGCAAUGGAAACUCGCAAUCUAUUCCAACUAACUACAGAGUACAGUUAGGAUCAAAGAAAAACGCUUAUAUCUCGUGCAGUUUGGAGAUGAUUUAGUGAAGUUUUUGCUAUUUCAUUAGCAGAAAUCUAGAGACGUGUGUUUAAAUUAAUAUUAAACAUUUGUAUUUCAUUUUUGUAUUUGUUUACAUAUAUUUUGAUUUGUAAACGUCUUUAUUAUGUUUGACUAGGUAUAGAAUAUCUUUAGCAUAAUUAUACGGUGCCAUAUUUCCAUAGAAAUAUUUUUGUACUGCUUUAACACUUACUUGUGCCAACUUUACAUCUUUUAAAUCUGUGUCUUCUUUUGUGGACUUUAAAACACUUUUCUACUUUGAUUGCUUUUAGGUUGUUUUUUUAUUUUUAUUUUAUGUUUUAAUUUUGUGACACAGUUUGUGAAAUUUAAACCAGAUUACAUUUUAUCCUACAGAUAAUAAAAUUUUUCCUUUCUUUUGAUGUCUUUCACGUGUUAUCGAAUUUACGUGCGGCACUACGGGUAUAUAUGUCUAGUGAUGAAAAUGUGUAAAUACAUUGUAAC